CUUAGCCUAGAAGAAAACCCACUCUCCUUCUUUCUCUUUCUCAAAGACAAAGUCUUUCAGGCUUAUAAUUUGUCAUAAGCCAAAAAAAAAUGGCCAAAGGAGGCAAGCUGACCAAGCUGAAGUCAGUUCUAAAGAAAUGGAACUCAUUCAGCAACAAACAAAGCCGUCACAACGUGAGCUCCAUUGCUUGUGACGAUGACUCCUCUUGUAGCAGAGACCUCCACCCCGUCUAUGUCGGCAAGUCAAGGCGGCGCUACCUUGUCACCUCCGAUGUCAUUGACCACCCUCUCUUCAGAGAGCUAGUGGAGAGGUCCGGCGACUCUGAUGACGACACAAUCAAUGUCUCAUGUGAGGUCGUUUUGUUCGAGCACUUGCUUUGGAUGCUUGACAAUGCUGAUCCACAGCCAGAGUCUUUGGAUGAGCUCGUUGAGUUCUACGCCUGCUGAGCAAGGCUGCUAUAUUGGUUUCUUUAUCUGCAAUGCAUGGUAACUCUUAGCUGGGCCUCGGUGACUUCAAAUAACUAAGAGGGUGUGGGAUUUAAUUUUAUAUAUUUAUAUGUUAUAUAUAUAUAUAUAUAUAUAUAUAUGGGUGAUGAUGAUGAUGAUUCUCUCUAAACUCGUCCACACGCUAUAAAUUUGUACAUUCUUUAAUUUGAAGCUUAAUUAGCGAUGUAGAGACAAAUGAAAGAUAGAGAAGAAAGGGCAUGUUGAGCAUUUGAGUGAUUGAAACGGUGAGGAUUAAGGGUUUUUUUUUUGGUUUUUGCUUAAUGAAAAAGGGGGUCUUAUCGACUCCACUCUACGUAACGGCAAUGAGUAAUAUCACACCUUACUGGCGGUGAGGAUUAAGUUAAGUAAACCAUUUUCACCCCGGCUAUUCUUUUGGCUCGACUGCCUUUCUUUGUUCAUUUGUACUCAUAUCAUAAUGUUUAAUUAUUUCCUAAAUUUCUGUAUAAUUAGACAUAUUUUCAUUGAUGAGAAUUGCUGCUUGUUA